UAUAAUUUAUAAUAUAACUUACCACAGUUUUUUUUAUUUAAACUAUACAAUUAGUAACAAUAUAUAAUAAUCAGUAUUUUUUCAAUCGCACGAUAAAACAGUAGUUGCUAAUAUCAUAAUAUUAAUAUUAUAAUGUACAAACAUUUGAUACUUUUUGUGUUAUUUAGAGGGAAUUCAUCAAAAUCUUGACCGUCUGCAGAGCAUGCUCUCAAAUCCUAAAUACACACCACUCUAUACCUAUCAAUUAUCAUAUAUUAUAUAGUUACAAUGGCGUGUAUUAUUAUUUUGGCCUUCGCUGCGGGUAAUCGUCAUAAUCGGCGGGACACGUAUCGUUAUAUCGGUUCCGUCACACGACGGAAGUAAUUAUUAUUUUACCCUCAGACGAAUCCGUGUUUUCAUCUAGCUCGAAAACGCAUAGGUACGUCGGAAUUUUUCCUUUACCUUCCGUCUGCAGCGCGCUCGCACACGCACACACGCGUCAGGCGGGAGAUUUUCACUCUCUGCAUAAGAAAAGCGUUCCCUCUCCGUCCACCACCGGUGGAGGUCGAUCUCCGAACGUCGCGGGAAAUCUUCAGUCGCCACUGCUCGUAGCGGGUUGGGUUCAGUUUGGAUCUGUAGGUAUACAGUCGCACCACCACCACCGUCGACAUGUUGCAGUCUCCGAGUGCCGUCCGUCCGAAUAGGGACGUCGUUUAAUAAUUAUUAUCAUUGUCACUAUAUCGUCGUCGUCGCGUCGACUGCAGUUCUACCGUCUCGAAGGAGUGUUUCUUCCAUACGUAUUCGGUUUUCCGGUUUUCGCUUUUUCGUCUAUGAAAUCUUGCCUGUCGCGUCCAAAUGAAUAAUGGCCAACACCGCUGCGCCGACCAUGUGUUGUAGUCGUGUGUCCGCGGCGGCGGCCGGUCUGUUGUUUUUAUUUUCGUUGACUUUAAGUCAUCAGGCCGCCGCGGACGUCCGGCAUGCCCGAAACAAGAGGACGGUAUCGGAUCUCAUGGAAGGCCUCAUGAACGCCAUGUACUUUCACGUGGAUCCGAUGCCUUUGCCAUCCACCGUAAUCGCCCGAAUAACUCAUUUGUCGGCACCCAGCAAAGUUUACAAGUACGUUCCAGUGCAAACAUUAAAGUUAUCAAAACUGCGUGCUCGUCAAAUAGCUGAACCAAAAUUAAGAUUAAAAUAUCCGAAAAAAAUUUCAAUAGCUACAGAAGACUCGUCGUUGACAUUGUUGAAAAACGAUCUUCCGUGGACAUUACACCCGCUUCCACCUCCUUUGCCAACGUCCAAAACUAUUAAGCUCGAGGUGGACAAAUCAAUGCCGUGGGCAUUGCACCCACUCCCGCCGCCCGUUAAGACGAAAAAUUAUUCCGAUUACUAUUGGCCCGACUCUAAGACACGGCCAAAGUACUAUUACAGGUCGAAACCGUCUAAACCGUCGAAGCCAUACCGUUAUAUUACUAAUAAUAACUAUAAAUACAAAAAUCCAAAGGCUCACGCCAACUUCAAACCGACUUCGGAGUACAGCAAACCCGCCGUCAAUUUUAAGUCUGUGGUCGACCAUGAUACCAAGCCAGACGAUUACAAUAGUCACGCCAAUCAUAAGCCCUCAGAUUACAAUAGUCACGCUGAUCAUAAGCCCGUCGAUUACAACAGUAAUAAUAACAAGCCCGACGACAAUAAUUAUAAUCACGCCGGGUAUCCACCCGAUAGUUUCAAGUACAUCGAUUACAAGCAUACCGAUUACAAGCACGUCGAUUACAAGUCUCCGGACUACAAGUCCGAAUAUCCGAAGCAUUCGAUGGAAGAAGAACCGCACGAAAUCAAUAACGAUGACGACCACUACGAUCACAACGACGUUUAUCAUUACUCGCACGACGAUCACUCGGCCCAAAUCAAUGAUUCUCCGUCACCGUCGUCACAGCCGUCACCGCCUUCCGCCGAGUACGUGUCGCACAUCACCAUCGAGCCGUCCAUUCAAAUCGCGUCGUUUUCGGAAACGGAACUGCAAGGCGAUGGUACGAACAGGGAUAGUAGCAGCCUGUCUCAGGGCAAUACGAAACACAGGUCGUGUCAGUGUACGAUAAAUGGACACCGGCACAAACGUGACGCGGACAACGACGACGACGAUGGUCUUCAUCUACCGCCGUGGACAACCAACGGUACCUCUACGGUAACCAACAUCGACGCUAACGAUAAUCGUACUGCGAUCCGGAAGCCAACGGAUUCGAACUCAGCGCAGUCCUCUCGGAACGCGUACUUCACGCCGCGUAUCGGACACGCCACCGAUGUUCAGAUAAUCAAGUCACACGACAUCACCGAACAGUCGAUGAUCAACGGUCCUGCAAACAGUCCUGGUCCUGCGAACGAUCUUGGCCAUGCACACGGUCCCGGGUCUGCGAACGGUGUGGGUUACGUGCUACGGGUGCGUAACAUGAACAGCGACCUUCCAGUCGCACGGCCGCCACCCGUCGAAGCGGAUCGCGGACAGGUGAAAAAGAACGACGCGACAACAUUCAGGGACGAGAGCGACAAGUUCAAAGUGGACUUUGGUCGCGAUAUCAACGCUUGGGACGAGUCGAAAUCGGCUGCCAACAAGCAAGGACGGUACUCGCUGAUAAAACACGACGUAGGAGGUGGUGGCGGAGACGGAAACUCGGGCUUUGCGGACGAAUACGGAAACCAACCGUCCAGGGACAGACCGGACAUACGGGGGAGAGGUUAUCACGCCGUUACAAGCAAGGUGGAGAACUCGGAUCGAGGGGUGUCGUUCAGCGUGCAGACUCCUUUUUCCGUUUCCAGUUUCUCAUCCAACGUCCGACAUCCGGAAGAACGCCAGUCCCGGUUCCGUUACACCGGACACAAAUCCGAAUCGUCGGUAUCGCCAUCGCCGGCACCGUUGUUGUCUUCGUUCCGGACUGAAUACGCGGAACCACCGCUGGACUUUGAGCAGUUCGGCUUGAAAUCAGCUCUGGGCGACGACCAUCCGCUAAGUCCCGAUUUUUCGCGGGACUUGUUCGAAGACAAACAGCCGGAAUCCGUAACGAUCGGUCGACUCUCGUCUAGAUUCCCGGAGAGCUUCGGCGCGGAUAGACGACCCAGUCCAGGGUUCUCGGGUCGGCCGGUCUCGUACUUUUCGAGAGAUUUCAGCCACGACAACGACGACAGGAGUCGUUUGAAAACGUCUCUGAAACCGUUCCGGUAUACCGCGAAACACGGGCCAUCACAGUCAGCCGACGAUCUGUUCGACAUCCGGCCAAAGGGUGGACGUCCGUCCAAUGAAGAAUCGGUCUUGGAAUAUUUCCAACCGGUCGUUAUCGAUUUCGACAAGUCAAAGCAGGACGAUAACGAUUUCAAAUCGUUCGGUGGCAGCAGUAACAACAACUACGGCGGAAUCGACAAAUCGAGGUACUUUGGUAAAACGGACACUUCGAUUUUUGCGAAAUUCAAAAAGAAUCAGAACUCCGAUCAGCUUCGUUUGCCCGGCCGUCUGCACGAAUCCAACGAGAACUUGUCGAGGAAAAUGCUUUUACACCCUUCCACGUUCGACAUAGAUUAACACGAAUGUCUAACUAUUUAUAUAUAACAGCAGGCGAUAUAGUUGUCCUGCUUGCGCAUAUAACUAUUUAAAUGUGUUUUCGUAUAAACCAUGAUUUACUUACAACCAUCGUUAAAACCCAUGGGAUGCAAUAGGUAUUUAAAAAACCAACCCAUACUUUGCCAUUAUGCACUCUUUAUGUGUAGGUAAUUAUUAUCAUUAUUAUUACUGUUUUAAGACAAUGUAUGCAUAACCACUCCCAGCACUGUACUAAAAAAUAAUUGAAAUAUUUUUUAUAUAAAUAUUAUUAUUUACAAUAUAAUAUUGAUCGGUUGUUUCAUCUUAUAAGAGCGAAUUUCUGUCUGUAUAAUUAGAUACAGCUCGAUGUGUUUAAAAAGAAAAAAAACACUUUUUGUGAAUAAUAUUUAAAUCUGUUAUCGCUAAUAAAUUUAGGGUGCCAUGUAAAAUAAAAUAUUUUUAAUAUUUGAUGAUAAUAAAAAGUUUUUAUACACCGUGGUGACAUUUAAAUAUGUUCUGUGAAACGAUUAUUAUUUUUAUAAUUUACCGAACGUGGUUUAAGAUUAAUUUGUACACAGAGUAUAUAUAUAUAUAUAUAUAAUGUACAAACAUGAUGAAUGUAUUGAUUUUAAUUACUCUGUUUAUAUAAUACAGAUUGUAGGUUAUAAUCUUAUCGUUUAUAUGUUAUGCAAUGAUUUUCUUGAUGAAAUUAUAAAAUAUGUAACUUAAUAUUAUAAUAUUAAAUAAAUAAUUUAAUUUAUAUGUAUAAUGUAGACGUAUCAAAAUUUUAAAAGCUUAAAUUGUCCCUUAUAAUUGUUUCAGAAUAUUUCGCGGUACUUAUACUAAAAGCGCAUCAUUUCGACUGCCCUUAAGCUCAAUAUUGUGAAUAGAUUAUAGAAAAAUAAAACUAUAGAAUAUUAUAUUGUUGAAACCUC